GGGGUGUUGGUUUUAAGCGGCAGCUGGGGUUGUAUAUAUGUCAAAUGCCCUAUGAGAGAAGUAGAGUUUUCCUGUAACGCGUUGGCUGUUUGUCUUUCCUUCCAUCUCUUUCAUUUGUUCAAGACUUUACUGUAGCUCCCAAAACCAGAUAUGACUUUCUACAGACACUCAGGUCCCCGCAGCUAUCUGAGCUCCACUAUGACCGAGCGCUUUGACUGUUUCUACUGCAGAGACAACCUGCAGGGCAAGAAGUACGUCAACAAAGAGGACAAGCACGUGUGUGUGCGCUGCUUCGAGAAACUCUGCGCCAACACGUGCGCUGAGUGCCGCAAGCCCAUAGGUGUCGAUGCAAAGGAGUUGACCCAUAAGAACCGUCACUGGCAUGAGGGCUGCUUCCGAUGCGCCAAGUGCUACAAGGCGUUGGCCAACGAGUCCUUUGCUGCCAAAGAUGAUGGCAAGAUCAUGUGCGAGAAGUGCGGUGCCCGCGAGGACUCUGCCCGCUGCCAGGGCUGCUACAAACUGAUCACGCCGGGUUCUCAGAAUGUGGAAUACAAGCAUAAAGUCUGGCACGAAGAGUGUUUCGUCUGCUUUGAAUGCAAGCAGCCGAUCCGCAGCAAGAGCUUCAUGGCUAAAGGUGAUGAGUUGUACUGCGCUCCCUGCCACGAGAAGAAAUUUGCCAAGAACUGUUUCGGCUGUAAAGAGCCCAUUACCUCGGGUGGGAUCAGCUAUCAGGACAAGCCCUGGCACUCUGAGUGCUUCGUGUGCCACACAUGCAAGAAGCAACUGGGUGGGGCUCGUUUCACAGCCCAUGAAGAUGUGUUCUACUGUGUGGACUGCUACAAGAGUGAUGUGGCUAAAAAGUGCUCUGGAUGCCAGAAUCCCAUUACAGGAUUUGGUAGAGGGACCAAUAUGGUGAACUAUGAGGACAAGUCCUGGCAUGAAUAUUGCUUUAACUGCAAAAAAUGCUCUCUGUCGCUGGCCCACAAGCGCUUUGUCAUCAACGGAGAGAAUAUCUACUGCCCUGACUGUGCCAAAAAACUGUGAGGGCGUAAAUGAAAGGUUAUUACGACUGAGUAACAAAAGCAACUAAGAUAGAAAUGAUGAAAUGGGCAAAGAUGCUUCUCAUGUAGUACAGCUUUAGGUGUUUCUCUGAACAGAAGACCAGUGAGGAUGUUUUGGCUGAUAAAUCACUGGAGGGUUGAGAUUAUUUUUGUUAAAAGCUUUAAACAGAUAGUGAGUGCUUAGUGAAGGGUUUUUCUUAUGCAAAACAUUUGCUAACAGCAAUUAUAAAUGCUUUAGCAGGAUUAAGAAACCUAAAAAUGUUUUGACCAGUUAUUGCAAAGCUUUGGUAAAAUUAUAAACUGUGGAAAAACAGCCUGUAUCUUAGUAAAUAGCUUCAUGUUUUUUGUUGAAA